UAUCUUCUACAGGUCAGCGGUUGAUGGUCUGAAUGUUACCGCAAUAGAGAGAAUUCGGACCGACUCUGAAGGUAUCCAAUAGAGGAGAGAUGCCUAACCUGGAGAGCAGCUGGCCUGACUGGAAGUACCCGGAGUGGAGGGAGAAGGGAGGACAGUUGACGGCAGAUGGAUGGCUCGAGGGCCGGAGGGAAGUGGAUGGAGCCGAGGGGCUGUGGAGAGUUCAUGAUGGUCUGUACGAGUUUGUCUUCUUGGGUCCACUCCCACCCCGGUGGCUCCCAGUGGCUUGAAAUCACUAAGGGGACUGAUAUAACUGAAGCAUUUGAAGCUCACCAUAUUGGACCUCUGGCCUCAAAAAUGCUGGAGAACUUUUAUGUCAGACCUGCAAAAACUCCAAGGAAUUCAGCUUUUACUUUCCAUCCUGAUGGUUUUUAUCGGACCCUGAAGUUCAGAGUUUAUGAGAAACUUAAAGGAGUUAGACCCGGACCUAGUGAACA